GAGCCGCCCGGCCCGGCCUGGCCCAGGAGAUGUCGGCCACGCUGGACCUGAAGUCGAAGGAGGAGAAGGACGCGGAGCUGGACAAGCGCAUCGAGGCACUGCGCAAGAAGAACGAGGCGCUCAUCAAGCGCUACCAGGAGAUCGAAGAGGAUCGGAAGAAGGCCGAGCAGGAAGGCAUCGCGGUGACAGGCUCGCGCCGGCCGCGCCACUCCGAGGGUGAGCCCGAGAGGAAGCGGGUGGAUAAGGACGUCUCCAUCACUGUCCAGGUCUUGCUGUCCCCCGGGGAGAAGCGCGUGGUCAGCGACAGGAAGUCCCCCGGCGCGCCCAAGGCUGGCCGUGGCCCACCUCCCCGGGGCGCGGGGCGGGUCGGACCGUACCCCUCCAGCCGGUCGCCGCGGGCGGAGCAGCCUGACCAGCCCGUCUGGGAAGGGGCAGGAGGCGGCGCAGGGGAUGGGCCAUCUCCGGGCGGGCGAGGGCGCAGGCCGCGGGGCCGAGGAGGGGCCGGUGCGGUCACGGCGGCAGGAGAAGGAGGCCCUGACAGGAAAUCCAAGGAGUGGGAGGAGCGAAGGCGGCAGAACAUCGAGAAGAUGAACGAGGAAAUGGAGAAGAUUGCGGAGUAUGAGCGGAACCAGCGGGACGGGCUGCAGGAGAAGAACCCGGUGCGGAAUUUCCUGGAUGACCCGCGGCGCAGCGGCUCCUUCCAGGAGGCCGACCGCAAGGAGGGGAGCCGGCGGCACGUCCGCAACUGGGGGGGGCCCGACUUCGACAAGGUCAAGACAGGCAUGGAGCGGGAGAAGGAGUGGCACGCCCCGGGCCGCCGGCCAGGCCCCAAGAGCGGGGGGCCGCUGGACAUGACGCUGUCCAUGACGGGCCGGGAGCGGGCUGAGUACGUGCGCUGGAAGAAGGAGCGGGAGCAGAUCGACCAGGAGCGGCUGGCGCGGCACCGCAAGCCCACGGGCCAGUGGUGCCGGGAGUGGGACGCCGAGAAGACGGACACCAUGUUUAAGGAGGGCUGUGGCUCGGUGCCAGGACUGGACCCGGGCGCCAGGCGUGACGAGAACAAGCGCCCCCCCAGGCCGCCCAUCUUCGGGGAGUUCCUGUCCGAGCACCGGGCCGAGCGCAGGAGGAAGGGCCGGGGCCGACCCGCGCCCGCCAAGCCCUACAGCAUGCAUGACAACCGGUGGGAGGAGAAGGACGAGGGGCCAGGGGCCGAGGAGCCUGACCCCCGCCACGAAGAGCCACAGCAGGCGGAGGUGCUGGCCGCCCAGCUGCCCCCCGAGCCCCGGCAGCCCCCCGACGAGGAUGAGGACCAGUGGGAGGAUGUCAGUGAGGAGGAUGAUGAUGAUGAAGGGCACCUCAGCUCGUCGGGCGAGGAGGAGGAGGCAGCGCCCCCCGUGGAGUCCCCGAAAGCCCCGCGGGCCCUGAAGGUUGGGCGGGUCCUAGCCCCCAAGCUGGACAUGCCCCCGCCGGGAGCUCAUGGAGGACAGGGCAAACCCCUCAGCCCCUUCUCCCCAGCUGAGGGCUACCAGCCUGUCUCAGACUGGGGCGAGGAGAUGGAGCUGAACUCGCCCCGAGGCAGUGUGGGGGACAGCCCCCCACAGGGCCCUGGCCCUGGCCCCGCCCCCCAGGCACAGCGGGCAGGGCCCCCUGGAGAGACUGCAGCUGCGGAGUCGGGUGGGCGGGGCACGGCAGAGCCCGCCGAGGCCACACAGCAGGAGCAGCCGGCACGGGACAGGGGAUCGAUGGCGUUAGCAGCCCCUGGCGGCACGGAGAGGCAGGAGCCGGCCCCCACCACGGCUGGGAGCCCUGAGGAGCCGGGGGUCCCUGCGACGCAAGCAGCCGUAGAGACCCCGAGCCAGCUGGAGGCGGAGCCGGUGCCGGGCGCGGUGCAAAUCACGGACCUUGAGCGGGAUAAUGGAGAGCCCUGA